AUGUUUGAAAGACUGGCUAUACUUUGUAUAGAUCUAGUUCUAUAUUACCUGCUAAUGCCUGAAUUGCCUGUAUGGGCAUUCUUGAUGUUGAACUUGCUGUCUUUGAACUACCCGAUCCAUAGAUUCGCCGUGGUUAUCUUCAACGCCGCAGCUAAGUGGUAUAUAUUUCCUUAUUGUGAGGAAUGGCUUGCCCAAAGGAACAGGGGCCAAACUGCCGUUCAACAAUCCUAAAAUCUUGCCUUCAGACGUC